AUGAAUAAUAUUGAAGAGGAUCAAAAACAUCAACAAGAUUCAGAGAAAAAGAAUAAUAAUAUGGUGGUAGAUAAAGAAAUCAUAGGUAAUGGACUUAAUCCACCUUGGGAUAGCGAGAGAUCGAUUGAGGUUUACAGAGAUGGUUUCUAUACAAAGUUGACACACGGUCUGACAUUCUAUCAGAUAUUCGAACCUGUUUCAUCGACUACCUCACCAACCACUACCACCUACGAACCACGAUUGAUUCGAUCGCUCGAAGAUAAACAGUCGCCAGUAAAGAAGACAAAGGUAGUACUUUGCAUGCAUGGUAUUACAUGGUGGUCCGUUUCAUUCCAUCCCGUUGUUAAACCAUUAAUUGAACAAGGCUAUACUGUUUUAUUAUUUGGUAGAAGUGAUACUCCAGAUAUACAAUAUACUUUGGAUGCAUUUUUGGGACAGGCAAUCGAUUUGAUUGAUUAUUUAAAUAUAGAGAGUGUUUAUCUCAUUGGAUAUUCGAUGGGUGGUGCCGUCGCUACGUUGUUUGCAGCGACACACCCACAAAGAAUCAUAAAGCUUCUUCUAAUGGCACCGGCAAUCAUACCGGUAGCUGUUCCAUUCAUGGCGAAACUAGUGACAUGGCCAUACAUUGGUAAAUUUCUUUUUAAAUUGGCUGGUGCAAAAUCAAUGAUUAAUAGAUUAGAUACUGAAAGAUUUAAGAAUGAUGUAUCAGAUCCAUCUAAAAUAGAUCCAAGAAUAAUAGAUGAUUUAAUUGCCAAAGUUAAAUGGCAGAUCAACGAAAAACCAGGUUUUUUGGACUCAUUCCACAGCACACUUUAUUGUAUUCCCUUUUCAAAUGGACAACUUCAUUUACUACCAAAUAUUCCAACAAAUUUAUCAAUAACCAUUAUUUUGGGUACAAAAGAUGCAAUCAUACCAUAUACGCAGAGUCAAACAUUAUUAAAGAAUCAUCUACCACAGGCAACCCUAGCGACUUUAGAAUGUGGACAUGCAUUUUCAGUUGAAGUACCAACACAACUUACCGAAAUCAUAAUUGAUAGCUUUGCUGUUGAUAAUUGCAAACAACCUAUUGUAGAUGUCUGCCUAUCAGCUUUCGGAUUACAAUGGCAUCCUUAUCACAUUGGAUGUAAUAUUUGUGGAAAGGAUUUCUCAGAUGGUUCUAGAUGCGAAGAAGGACCAGACGGAUUUGCAUAUUGUUCAAAAGAUUUUCUUGAUAAAUUUGCACCAAAAUGUUUCAAAUGUAAUCAAGCUAUUUUGGGUCAAAUCACCAAUGCCCUAGGUAGAACCUAUCAUCCAGAGCAUUUCUCAUGUGAAACAUGUCAAAUGCAACUACAAGGUAACUUUUUCCAUACAGACGAUAAUACACCAUAUUGUGAGAAACACUAUUAUGAUACCAUAGGAUUUUUAUGUGGACACUGUGAAAAACCAAUUUUAUCUGGUAAAUGUAUUGUUAUGGGAACAAAGAGAUUCCAUCCAGAGCAUUUCUUUUGUUCAUUCUGUAAGACUGCUUUAUCUGGUGUAGGAUAUAAGAGACAAGGUGAUAAACCAUACUGUCAAGAUUGUCAUUUGAAGCUCUAUGGUUAA